AACGGCACAAAGGAGGCCCUCUCGACCUGACCCGGGCCUUCUGCCUCCUCCACAGGCUCUGUCCAGCCCCAGCCCCUUCAGAGAGCAACUAUCUCCAGGUUGCCUGCCGGUCUGGGGCUUGCCAGAGAGCAGAUGAGCCUAAGAGCCAUGGAAGCAAAAGGCAAAGCAGCUGUUCCCUGCCGCCCCUCCACCUUGGAAUGUAACAUGGGGAACAAAACUAGAGCAACACCGCCUGCAAUGGAGCCUAGCCGCAGAGGACAUGCAAAUCACCCUGGCAGAGGCCACAGUUGUGGCAUCAGGACCCAAGUCAGUGACCACAGCGAGGCCAUGCUGGCUGUGGGUUCUGAGAAAAGGGGGCAUAGUGCACCGGUAAAGAGACGCCAGAUUCGACUACCAAGGACGACUGUCUCCCGCAAACCCCUCAAACAGGCCAAGAAGACCUCUACCAAGGGAAGAGGUCGCGCUGCAAAGGAGAACCCUGUGCCCCAGCCUGAAGACUUGUCUCCAACAAGCCCCCAGGAAGAGAGACCCCACGGGUCUCAAGUAUAUCGCUGGCCCCGAGCACGUUCACCUCUGCCCUGGAAGUCUGUGCCCUCGGAGCAGCAAUUGAUGGGUCCUCCUUCCACGGAGCUUCAUGGGGCUUUUGCAUUGUCCAGCCCAUGCUCAAAUAUGAUCCGCCUGCCACGUACCACCGCUGAUCACCACCAUCCCCUGGGGCCACAGAGCUCCCGUGCCUCUAACCAGGCCUCGGCUUCUGCUACCUUAGAGUGUCAGGAAACACUGGAGGCUGCUGAGGCCCUGAUGACUCUGAAGAACUCUUCUUGGACCUGGCGCCAGACCCACAGCUAA